AUGGCCGAAAAGCGUAAGCUUCCGUCGCGACGUGAGUCUGCAGCCAAAAGACGUGUCUCCGAAGCCACGCCUCAGUCUCACAAGAAAAAGGCGCCAACUCCUCGCGCUACAUCCCCCGAACUAGUUGAUGCCCCUUUACCAACAAAGGUCAAGGAUGGAGAUAGCUUGCCUGUUGUCCGCACGCGGCAGCCGCUUUCCUUGCCGGACAAUGAGUAUCAGUCAAUCGCUGAAAGUGCAGUCCUCCUCGCUUCGCUGGAACGGUCGAAGAAAAAGUGGCUGAGCGAUGGCAUCCUUGUUCGAUACUACACUAAGCCAAAGAAGACGAAGCGCGAACAGACCGAGAAGAACAACCCAUCAAAGGACACUAUGACAAAAAUUGGACCAUGCGAUGUCACCAUCGGUCCCCAUUUCUUUGAUGCCAUGAUUUACAUUGUCAAAGAUCCUAGUGCGCCGGCGGCACUCCAAUACGCACCCCCGCAACGACCGAUGGUUCACUAUGGCCAUCCUAAUAACUUCCAACAAUACCGACCGUAUCCCACCCCAUCCAACCAACAACGACCUGCGCAAUAUUCUCCCGCUCCUCCGGGUCGCCCGGGGUAUACAGGCAGCCAUCCCUCGCCCCAGGCAACUCGUGGCCCGAAUCAACCUUCCCCUCAAGGAGGACACAAACCACCACAAGGACAAAAGGGCCAGCCUGCCAAGCCAAGUCCAGAUCCUGUGAUUCAAAUGCUGGCUACAAGGGCAGCUGCAGACCCUGAACUGAAGGCCUUGAUGCGUGUUGUUGCAUCAAGCCAAGCAUCCCAGGAGCAGCUCCGGGCUUUCCAAGCACACAUCGACGAACUUAACGCAAUCAUCAAAUCAAGAGAGCAGCAAGAACAACGACAGCAAUCUUCGACAGCACAGCCAAUUACACAACAGUCAACCCCUACGCCACAAACUCAGACCCAGAAACAACAAGAUGGUGGGACAAAGCCAGCAUCGCUAGAGCAAACGCCACAAAAGCCGCAGACUCCAUCCAAAGUUCCCAAGCAGCCACCUGCGAAGACGGAGGGCCAGCCCCAGACCUUUGCUCAAGCCCCAGCAAGCCAGCCGCCUAAACCUCCCCAGAGCGCCUCUGGGUCGAGCACCAUAAAGGAAGAGCAAUCAGCCGCAGAGCACAAUAGCCCUCAGCUUGCGCCGUCCGAUGGAGGCCGCCCAGUGGCACCGACCCAAUCAGCGACUUCUGGUGCUACAAGCACCACAGCCCCUGCUCCUACCUCUCAGCACCAGACUUCUAUGGUAAACCCGACACCACCAGGAAGUGCUCAACAGCCAGGAGCUCGACCGGGACCACCAUAUGCCCCCCACCAGCAACCUUCUUAUGGGUCGCAACCUCCACUUCAGUCUCGACCACCCCAAUUUGGUACUCCUGUUCCAUUCCCCCGUCCGCCUCCAAUUCCUUAUGUCUCCCCACUUGGAUCUCCACCAGUAAACUACAAGUCUGUGGUGUUUGAAUUCACAUCUCCCUUAACUCCGUAUGGAAGCAGUACCUCAGGUCAUGCCGGCUCGGGUGACCGCUAUCUUUUCCCUGAGCACGCCAUCCUGGAAUGGCUCCCAGCCGAGAACACGGUCAUCGCCUCGUUUUUGAUAGUCCGAAAGGUGGCUCCAAACACACCAUUCCCUCUUGAAACCGCCACAGAAGCUGCCAACUCUAAAAGCAAAGGCAAGGGGGCAUCGAAAGCUAAGAAGAGUGAACCAAAAGUCAAAGCCGACAAGGGAAAACUGCCAACUGACAUCCCAGCCCCCGGCCAGCCAGGCACGCCUACACCCGGGACGCCACAAAAGCAGGAACCCGCCGACCAAACAGGUAUUUCAACCCCCAGCCUCCCAGGGACUCCUGCGAAUGAGGCGAAUCUUAAGGAAUACUGGCAACCCGUCACUUUCCGCAUCCAUGCCCCCAACGCCAAAAUCCUCGAGCCCCUAGCCCGCGUCGUCAAGCCAGCCGACGAGGUGCGCAAAUAUAUGAACGAUAUCAUGGACCGAGCCGAGCGUGCGCCAGAUGGCUACCUGGCGAUGCGUCUGCCUCGCGAGGCGGCCUCAGAAUCGUUCGAAAAGGACGGGACACCUGCUUCCUCUGGCAAUUUCGGUACCGGUACCCGCAGUCGUCUGUCCCGUGUUCAGCUCGCUGGCGACGAAUCCGAGGCAGAGAUUUCUGGUUUCGAAUUCGAGGAGGACGAAGAAGAUCUCAAAGAUUUCUACGAUGCGCCGAGCGGGCUACCGCCGCUGAAAGCAUGA